AUGGCUAGAGGUGGUGCACCAACUUCAUCGAGAGGACGAGGCAAAUUCAAGGUAUCCAGAGGAGGUGGACGACAAUUCUCCCGUGAUCUUGAUCCUCGACUCGCUGAGAAACCAUCUUCGUCAGAGGAAGAGUCCUCGUCCGAAGAGGAAGAAGAGGAUGAAGAGGAGGCCAGAGCGGCAGCUCAUAGAGCUGAAGUCGCGGAGUUGGCACCGGAGAUGAAAGAGGUCAAUCUGAAAUUGGGGAAUACAGAAUUGGCUGAGCCUGAGAGUGAUGAGGAGGAAUUAAGUAGAGCGGAGAGAAGAGCUAGGAAAAAGGCCGAGGCUCAAGGUAAAACCAAGAAAACUGUCACGAUCCAAGAGAAGGAUGAAUCAGAUGAAGAGAGUAGUGAAGAAGAGGUGUCACCUAAACAGCAGCAACAACAGAAGAAGAAAGCCAGUGCUCCUGCGGUAGUCCAACAAUCAAGAAAAGAACGUGAAGCGGCAGAGAAGAAAGCUGCUCAAGACAAAUAUCAGAAACUACAUGCUCAAGGCAAAACCACUGAGGCCAAAUCUGAUUUAGCCAGAUUACAAGAAGUCAGAAGGAGAAGAGAGGCUGCUGCUGCCCAAAGAGCUGCAGAGGCUGAGGAGGCUGCCAAGGAAGCUGCUGCAAAGAAAGAGAAACUGGCUAAGAAAAUUUAG